GCAGGACCAAAAAAACGAAAAUUGUCAACAGUUGCCGGGGAACCACACUACCACACCGGUUAUUUUCCCCCAAUGUACGAAUAUUGGUAGAUUGAAUGAGAGCAAAAAAUGAGGACCAUUGCUUUAAUUAGGUAUGAUAAUACAUUUGUAACUUCACCCCCGGUAACAUCAUGGUCAAUCAUCUCUUUUUUUUCUACGAAGUGAUUAUUCACAGAGCUGUGCGGAUAACGCUCGACGUUAUUCGCAGAUUUCGGUCUGCCGAUAACGCUCGACGUUAUUCGCAGAAUGUGAUAAAUUAAAUUAUGAAUAUAGAAUACACAGUUCGCAUGUAAGCAUCUCCUCGGUAGUGUAGUGGUCAGUAUUUCCGCCUGUCACACGGAAGACCAGGGUUCGAUUCCCCAUCGGGGAUGCUACUAAUUAAAUAAAAUUAAAAAAAACAAUUUAAUUUAAUGGGUAUUGCAUAUUGUUAUUAUAUGAUGGUAAUCCCUUAAUUUAGUGCGUUUUAUUAUUUCUUGAAAAAUAAAUUUUAAAAUUCAUUUUUGCCUUAGUUUUACUAUUAUUAUUAUUUUCAUAUAAUUUUGUUACUGAUGUUACACUUUUUAUUUAUACAAUUUUAUUAUACUUUUCAUUCUAAUUCUAAGUUUCGUCAAAAAACUGUAAACAACAUGGACAUGCAAAUGAGCCGCAUAAACCAUGUUUAAGUCAGAUACAGCUGUUCUAACUGUACAUUGUGAUAUACUUUUAGCUCUUUUGACUGUUUAAUUUUCUUUGUAUAAUUCCACUCAUAGACUUUAAUUUUAACAUCCAUUUGUUUUUUCUCUAAUAAACAAAUAAAUAUUAAUAUUCAAAUAUUUUAUAUCUCAGAGUUGUGUAUUAAUGUUUAGCUGAAAAAAUAUGUCACGUUUUAUUUGUUUCAUUUUAUUUUCUAAUAAGUAUCAUAAUAAGUAGGGACACAAUAUGCCGCUCCAGAAAUAGUUGAAAUAAUACCUAGUGAUGACAAUGAAAUGAACAUACUGGUACCGUACUUAAAAGAUAUCAAUAUCAUUGACAUCAACAAUUUUAGCUCUUGUCAAAAAAAAUGUUGAUAAUUGAAACAAAAAUCUAUACUGCCACUGUUGUAACUAUGGGUCUAAAUACAAAAAAAGCAUACAAAAAUUAAUUGGAACCCUGCUGGUCGUAGGAUGCAUUGCGAGUCUUGGGGAAGUAAAGUUGCCUUGGGGCAAUUGAAGCAACGUUUACAAGUUUGAGUGUAUGGCCAGCGCAAUAACACCAGCCACCUUUACUUUUCCAAGCUAAGGCCAGAGCUGGGUAGACUUAGGGACACCCUCAAGGAUGAGGAAAAAAUACUAGCCUUAAACUUAAACAGGAUUAGAUUCUGUUAUUAUCGAUGUAGGGCCUAUAUGCCCCUCCCCGUCUCUCACAUGGCCGCCUGAUGCAGACACCUCUCUGCAUCAUAACACUGUUGCACGGCAUGUCAACUAUUUCUGACAGAACAUUUCUGGACUACGUGAUAUAUCAUAGUGCUUUAAAAAAACUAAACGAUAUCCUAUCAAGCUUUGACAUCAUUUAAAGACAUCUCUACAAUGGGUGAAAGUGAGUCUACAUGAAGAAUACCGGUACCAUUUUUAUAACUGGUAUAACAUUUAAUAUGAAAUACCAGAAAAUUAUUUAUGUCUAGGAGUAGGAGGUUUGACUGGAUCUAUUAGUAACACUCUGGAGGUCGAAUAGACCCUAUGUUGACCCCUAACAGAGCAGAUGUAGGCACAAUUGUCUUAUAUCCAAUAUAUAGGCUAUAGUUAGGCCUAUUAAAUUUUAAAAAUUUAACUUGUGCAUACCGGUAGCUUCAGUUUUGAAAAGUGUUUUUGCCAUUCUCAUUAACGACCGAUCUAUCCUACUCCUACACUACUUAAAACUACACCCCCACCCCGGCUUGGAAUGUGAUCUUAAUUAUUUCUAGAAAUGUGCGUAAUUAUGGGAAAAUUUCUGUCUAACAAUAACGCUCGGCAUUAUUCGCAGAUUUCGGUCUGCUGAUAACUCUCGGCAUUAUUCGCAGAUUUCGGUCUGCCGAUAACGCUCAACAUUAUUCGCAGAGCUGUGUGGAUAACGCUUCCCUUUUUUCUGUUAGUUUUAAUUUUAGGCAAUUUUAAGUUUUAGCGUAAAAGUCAACAAAGUGUCAAGUAUUAAGCUCUUAAGUCUAAAAGUCCAAGUCUAAGACUAAGUGAAGUAAUAAGUUAAAUACAUUUAAAUUAAUAAGUAACUUAAUAAGUUCCUAAGAUUAGAGUAAGUUGAGUAAGAAAAGGCUAAGGCAUCAACUCAACUGUAGUAAGUAAACUGUUUUAAACUAUCACUUCAAAGUUGGGGGGGGGGGGGGGGGGAACACCUCAGUUGCCUCAUAAUUGUUUUGAUAAAUUCAAAAUGCAAGCGGGAUGCAUUAUUAUUAUCCAUUAAAUAUCAUCAAAGUCCAUUUUGGCACCCCCACUUGUCUGGCAACCGGGAACAUCUGUCCCUCCUCAGCUACCCCUCUGACACUGCCCACCCAAAAAUCUGUGAGAAGGUAUACAAGACUGCAAAGAGGGUAAGAAUCCUUGCCCUAGAACAUUUACAACUAUCACCCCCUUCCCUCAUCAACCUUUUUUAGUUCCAUCCCACUUCAUGUGGUAUCCCUAAUUCUAUGACUCCUGUCUCCACGUUGCAACAUAAAUCUUAUGACGCUCCAUGUCACUACAACCCAAUUCUCCUCUUCCGUAACUUGAUCAGAAGACAUUUUCCGGACCUCAGUGAUCAUAUUUAAAAAAUAAAAUAAUUAUAAUUGUUUUGAAAGAAAAAUUCUAAAAAUUUCUGUAAUUUAAUAUUAUUAAGUGCACUUUUUUCAAUUAUGUUCCGCUUUUAAUGUGAUGUCACCUGCUUAACACCCCCCCACCCCCACUUCACUCUUGUCACACAUCAUCACAAAAAUGUGACCGCCCUCCCCUAGACGCAUGAUGUCAUUAUUGGAUGGCCCAUACAAGGGUGUACAAUCACACAAAGCCCUCUAUUUAUAUUUAUAUAGCCUAUAUAAUUAAUUUUAAAUGUGUGUUAAUACCACAAAUUAAAAUAUUCCAAAUGGAAUCAAGAAUAAAGUUAAUUUGAAAUUAAUUUAAGAUACAUCUGGCAUGCUAAUGGCCAUCCCUGGUCUAGACCAAACUCAGCUUAGUAAUGGGCUUCUUAAUAGCACUGCAUACUAGUAUUAGUAUAAUGCACAUUUCUAACCAAAAAACAAGUUGAAGUUAACUUUUAAAAAAAAAUUGUAAGUAUUGGGGAUUCACAUAAAAAUGCCUUUGAGCAAACUUCCAAGUAUUAGGUCUAAUAGUAAAACUAGCUUUUUUUCCGAAGCAGUAUCAUGAUUAUCUAUGCCUAAUAUUCAUUUGUCAUAGUUAAGUUAAAGGCUAGAAAAUGGGGGGGUUAUCUACAUUCAGAUUUAUAUAAUAUUAUAUCAAGUGAUCUGCAAUAUUAGGAGAUCACCAUUAUACAUUUAAUCCCAGUUUUCAAAUUCUUCAUAUGGGAGAUGUACUUAUUGAACUUCAGUCAGGUCAUAAUCUUUCUUUUACAGUGGCGGCAAAGAUAGUUGCUUCAACAUGAUGUGUUGCAUAGCCGAAGGUCAUGAAAUUGUUGCUUUGGCUAACCUUCGGCCCGAGGACCAAGCCCAAGGUAGCAUUUUUGUCACCAUUGAAUGUAAAUGAUAUUAUCUAAGUUAUUAAAUUAUUUUACACAGAAAAAUGCAAAACUAUGGUGUUUAUCUUCAAAUUAAUGAAUGGAAAUGAGAAAUGGAUCUUACUGUCUGAUUUUACUUAUCUGUAUUUUCUUUAACUGCCCAUUAUAAAGACUUGAGCAAAAAAUGGCACUUGAACAAAAGUGGCCCAACAAUGUUAAACAUAGCUGUUACCGGUAGUAUUUUUGUCUCUUUUCAUUAUUGAAGUGAUGUUGUUAUGUAUGAAUAUUUUUCCAGUAAUUAAAUAUCACACACAGUAGGCUUCCACAGUUUAUCCUUGUUUUUGUUAAUAGAAGAAUAUGUCAUUAAUUUGUUCUUUACUUACUGUGGCAAUGAAAAUAGAUCAGUCAAUAAAUGAAUUUAAGAAUAUUUGUUUUCAUCGUAUUGCAUUUUCCUUUUAAUAAAAAUUACUGGAACUAGACAGGGAGAUAAAAACAUGACGGAGAUCUGCAAACAUUUCUGCUUUUUAUCCAAAGUGGAAACUGUCAUCAGUAGGUGGUGAUGAACAUACACCAUAGGAAAGGGUAUGCCCUGUAUUUAUGCACUACACAUUUUCGAUUUCAUUUUAGAUGAGCUUGACAGUUACAUGUACCAGACUGUUGGUCACAUGGCUGUUGAUCUCUAUGCUGAGGCUAUGGACUUGCAACUGUUUUCAGGCAUCAUCCAUGGUUCCAGCUUGUGUACAGGCAGAGACUAUGAGCCCAAUUCAGGAGAUGAGGUGGAGGACCUGUAUCAGCUGCUUUUGAAGAUCAAAGUUUGUACAUCAUUGAUCUUGAUAUUUCUGUUAUUUCCCAAAGGGUAUUUAUGUGCGACGCAAAAUUAUAAUUUUUUAUCUCUAAAAACCACUUAUUUUACUGUCAAAAAUAAUUUUAAAAGUGUUUAAUGAACUUAAUUUUUUUUUAAAUCAAUAACCUAUCUUUCUUUCUACACUGAGUUUGGAAUUUAUUAUUUAGAAUUCAUGUUUAUUUCUACUGUUUGAUUUGCAAUAAAAAAUUCUUUUCAUUUGAAAAACAUAAAAUAUUAUUAAAUUUUGGCCUAGAUAUAACUAUCAGGAAAAAUGUAUCUAUAGCGCAGCUCUACAUUAGCAAUUUUGGGCCUAACAAAAAUUAUUGCCUCAUUUUUGUCUUGCAGGAUGAAAAAAAUGCUGAAGCUGUAUCAGUUGGCGCUAUCCUCUCCGACUAUCAAAGAGUAAGAGUAGAAAAUGUGUAAGUAGUGCAUGUUUUUUUUUCUUCCCAAAAGUUAAAUUCUUUGCAGAAACAAAUCGUAAAUGUCUGUGGCAUUUUAUAGUGUUUAUGAAAUCCUUAAUGAAAAAUGAUGAAAAUAAAAACAAGUGCUCAGCACAAUGGAAAUGUUACUCAAGCCCUUUUCAAACACAGAGAAGUACACCCAUAAUAAUAUCCCUUUUUCCAGAUGUGAACGUCUUGGGCUCACAGUCCUUGCCUUACUCUGGAGACGUAAUCAAGAAGAGCUGCUUCAAGAGAUGAUAGCCUGUGGAGUCAGAGCCAAAAUAAUUAAAGUGGCAGCCAUGGGUGAAUAUCUGAGAAAUUGUUUCUUGAUUUUUUUUGAAGGGGAGAUUGCACAUUGGGUGGGUUUUAAGGGGAGAUUGCACAUUGGGUGGGUUUUAAGGGGAGAUUGCCCAGAUUGCACUUUGGGUGGAUUUGCUUGAUUUAAGACAAAACAAUAAGUUUGGUGAAAGCAAUCAUAAUUAAUUUUUUUUGGUGAAAAUGUAGUGAACUAUAAAAAAUAAAAAUGAUCUAAAAUUAACUUAGAAACAGUUCAGCUAAAUUUUAAUUUAUUUUUUGUCUGCUGAUAAAAGAUUUUGGUGACAUAACCGUUGAGUUUUAAUGUAUACUAUUUAUUGUAAAUCUUAUAGUUACAGUUUCUCCAUUGCUGUACUAUUAGUUAAUCUACUAUUGCAUUUUGUUACUCAUAAAUAUGAUUGCAGUGUGCAUACUGAUGUAACAUAGGCUCACCAGAAAUUUUAACUGGUAUUACAAACCUAUAUCGAAUUUGAUAAUUGCAUUACCAUUGAAAUAGUGUACACAAAAUACAAAAUGGGCACAAUAAUGCUAACAUAAUUGUUUUCAGGUUUAAACCCAGAGGAUCAUUUGGGUCUGGACCUUGAAGAAAUUUUCCCCCACUUAUUAAAAAUGGUAAGUCUGUUUUGAAUUGAAAUUAAUACAAUGCUUUUAACAGAUUUAUUGUGACUCUCUCUCAACAUGACACUUCUCACAGACCUGUAUAAGUUUCCUUUUUUUCCUCAGCACUCCCAGUAUGGGCUGAAUGUCUGCGGCGAGGGUGGUGAAUAUGAAACAUUUGUUUACGACAGCCCUCUCUUUAAAAAGGAAAUAGUCAUGUGAGUGCUUCUCUGAUAAAACAACAACCCAACUUCCCGAAGAAGGACAUGAUUUCCUAGUACAUGACUUAACUUACAUGCUGCAGAUAUUUGCUAGUUGUUGAUUAAAGUGCUCUUACAUGAGCAUUGUCUUUGCUAAAAGGAUAAUAUAUAUAUAUUUAAAUUAUUUUUUUUUCAUCUUUAUAACUAUUUAUUCUCUGAACAAUAUUUCAGAAAAAAAUUUGACACAAUAAUUCACUCUGAUGAUGCUUUUGCCAAAGUUGGUUAUCUCAAUCUGACUGACUGUUUCUUGAAAGACAAAGAUUGGGUAAGCCACAAAUGUACAGGGACACAUAAAUCUUUUGAUUAGGAAUCCAUCUGAAACUUUAUUAUUGCUGCCAAUAAUGUGAGAUACAAACAAUAAUGAAAUUUAGGUAGUGUUCCAUUGAUUGAACAAUUUUUAUUUGAAGAUUUGAAAUAUACCCUCUGGAUCUAAGGCAGAAGUAACAUUUAUUGAAUCAGUGGACAGAACUGGAUGGCUGUGCAUGAGUUAAAUUCGACUAUCGCAGACUUGAUAUGCAUAGUAUAAAAUAAAUUGAUUUAUAGAAAUAAGUCUCUACGCUGCUAUAUUCUCUGAACAUUCAAAAUAAUGAAAUUUUUUCACAAUGCAUAUCAGCAGUUUAAUUAGUGUCAUCAGCAGUUUAUUUAAUGUCAUUAUCAGCAGAUUAUUCUGUGUCACUUUCAGCAGUUUAUUUAUUGUCACUAUUAACUAUUAGCAGUUUAUUUAGUGUCAUUAUCAGCAGUUUAUUCACAAUGCAUAUCAGCAGUUUAUUUAGUGUCACUAUCAGCAGUUUAUUUAGUGUCACUAUCAGCAAUUUAUUUAGUGUCACUAUCUGCAGUUUAUUUAGUGUCACUAUCAGCAGUUUAUAUAGUACCAUGUCAUGCAUUUUUUUCUCUUCUGAGAGUUGCUUUAAUGGCACUUUCAAAUAAAUAAAUCAUAACAUCAAUCCUAAAGAACAUACUAUUUUCAACUUUGAAACUAAAAUCCCAUUUCUUGAAGGAUGACACUAAGACACUUCAAGAGAAAAUGUUAGAGUUACCCAUUAUGACUUCCCAAAGAUGGGUAGAAAAAUAUGUACCCAAUGAUCUAGCAGAAGUUAGUCAGGAUGGAGCUGGAGACUCAGGGCUUCUGGGGAUGGUCAUGUGUGUACCAGAGAUACAUUCUGUUGGUGAGUAGGCAAGCACUAUCCCCAUACUAGUGUAAUGUUCAUGCUAAUAGAUGUUGAAGUUCAAUUCUGUUUUUUGUGAAAUGAAAACAAUUUUAUUCACAUGUUAACAUUGACUAUAUUUUUUUGUAACUUUAACUUUGCAGGUGACAGUAAAAUAUGUUUAACUAUUAGAUUUUUAAGUAUUGGGCACCCCUUAGAUAUCUUUUUAAAGAUGUUAUUUUAAGUUUGAGCUUUGGUUACAUAAGCAUUUAUCCUUAUUAUUUUGUAGUAUUUAUGUCAAAGAGGAGAUUGGCCAGAAAGAUAUUGAAAAGUUUUUCAAGCUCUAACUUUAUUUUUGUUUUAUUUUAAUUUUAACAGAUUAAGUCCCCUUUUCUUCUAACAUACUGAGGAAUAAUAAAAAAGUUUAGACUGUAAAUGCAAGAGAAAAAUCUUUAAUUAUAUCUUAUAUACUUGUAGAGAGUAAACCAGUGAGCUGCACAGAUGGAUUAAAUUUUAUUGUGUCUGGUAUCAGAGCUUUUCUCUCAGAGGGCGUGGACAUCAGUGGAGCCGUGCUGGAAGCGAUGUCCACAUUUCAAAGUAAAGAUUUGGUUCUUGUUCAUUUGAGGCUUUUUGAUAUAUAAUUCUCAAGAUACAGUAGAAAUACAGUUGAAACAUGUCAUUUUAAUAUAUUUUGUGUAUUGGAAAUUUUUUCUUAAACAUUGUCCUCAAGAUACUCGGUUGGAAACGACUAACUUUUGAAAAGUGUUAUAGUUAUUGUUUAACAAAAAUUAAAUCCAUUACAGGAUCACAAAAAUGAAAAAGUUGAAAAUUGUUCACAAGACCUUAAAAUAAAUUCACAUAAGACAUUAGAUGUAUUUUUAUACUAUACCUCCAUAGAGUUAACGUUUAAUUUUAAUAUAUUAUAGAAAGAUUUAAUGAUAUGGUGUUUAAAGAACAGAAACAUAUAUUAUGUUCCCUUAAUUUUAUUUUUGGGAAUACAAUUAAUGUGUUCUUUUUAAAAAAAAAUUUUGACUUCAGGUUGCUUGAACAGCAGAGAACUUACGUUUGGUGAUAUUGUUUCGGUAUCACUAUAUGUCGGAGACAUGGCUAAUUUUUUAGAAAUUAACAAAGUAUAUAAGACAUUUUUCUCCAAAAACCCACCAGUAAGGUAGGUCAUGAAAAAUUAUUACAUAUAUUACAAAGGGAUUAUUAAUAGAUAUCUCUAAAUAUACAAUUUAGUGAUAAAAAUGUCCCCACUUUUUUUAUUGUGAACUGAGAUGGGACGAAAUUGUUUGAAUAAACAUGUUGAUUGAUUAGUUUCUACAUUGUAAUUCAUGUUUUCCAGACUCUGUAUUCAGGCCAACCUUCCGCGUAAUAUUGCCUUGCAGCUGGACUGUCAAGGCCGUGUGAAGGACGCAAAUCAAGAGGGUUCGGAUCGUGAUGUCAUGCAUGUCCAGUCAUUAUCCCACUGGGCCCCGGCCAACAUCGGCCCUUACAGUCAAGCCAUUGUGGUGAGGCUCAUUCUUCUCAGAUGCAGCUAGUUCAGAUUUGAAAAAAUUUAAUGAACAAUGAUAAAACAAAGACCUUAAAGCUCUUUAUUAUUUUAAGACAAUGGAAUUGAAGAGAGGAUCCAAAGACUUUAAGGGAGUCAAAAAUAAUUUUCAUGAUGAUCAACUGGAGCAUAAAUAUACAUUUCUUCUUCUUCAGACUGGUAAUAAACUGUACUUAGCCGGAAUUGUCCCCCUUGUACCUGCCACUUUGGAGGUGGUUAAAGGUGGAAUAGAAGCGCAGUGUUCGGUUGCAUUGCAACAUGUUCAGAGUGUCAUUACUGCAGUCAGACAAGAUUGUAGUCUUUGGUUCUGUCCUCUGGCUGUAUGUUUUCUGACAAAGACAGAAAAUGUGGACAAAGCAGAGGUUGAAUGGACAAGAGCCCUACAGGUAAUUAUAUCAAAUUGUUGUCAAUUUGUCCUUUAUAGCAUGAAACAGAAAUACAUUUGUUUUAUUUUAUCAUGUUAACAGUCUGUCUUUUUUGUAACCUUAUCAACAUUUUAAAACAAAUUUUGUGAAAAAUUGAUCAAUUGUUUUUUAUUACACACUUAUUUAGCAUGUGAUUUUGUCUGUCUAUUUAUCUGGGUCAAAUCUUGCAUCUCAAUUUUGACCCAUUUUCUGAUGUCCAAUUGAGCUGAAACUUUGUACACUUUGAAUAAAAAGUGCAAAAUAAAACAAUAUUAAAAAUACUUUUAAAAAAAACAAGCUUUUCCAAAAAUGUGUUAAAAUAUUUGAAGUAAAUGUCCACAAAAUCUUGGGUGUUGUUACAGUAAUAUGGAUAAUAAAUGAAGGACUGCACUCAAGCCGUGUGAAGGAUAUUGUUGAACAAGGUAUGUAAAAGCUGGAAAUGAAAGAAAAGGACAAUAAAAAGAGGAGCGUUUCGACUGAAAUCCUAUUUCAGCAGACAAAAUGCAAUAAACAACAGAGACAUAGAAAUACAUUAAAAACUCAAGUGACAGUAAUUCUCUGUGUUCUGGAGAUAUUUUUGAGGUGGAAGUGCUGUGUAAAGAGGGAAAAUCCUCAGCGGCUGCUUGAGCAUAGUUUAAGCCACUGUGAGGCGGAUUGGCUCGAAGGCGACUGUGAACUAGAAGGUCACCUAGAUUUUUGGCCCGUUUGAAGACAAUAAAUGGAGGGUACAAGAAUAUCUGGUUGGGUUUGGGGUCAGAAAGAAUAAUGUGACGAUUCUUUAAGAAUAUUUUUUUUGUCAAUGACCAAUGACAUUGUGGGGGAUGGUAGGUGAGAAUCAGUCUGGUUCCAUCUUCAAUUUUGUUUGGACGAGCUUUGAAUGUAUUAUUACAUGUGAAAGUACUGAUGCAAUGAAGCGCUGAGGCAAGAGUAGACUUGGAGUAGGAUCUGGAGCAGAACAAGUCUAUCAUUUUAUUGGCUCUGUCUGAAAAGUCUUCAUCGAGCUGGCAGCUACGACAUUCUCUUUUUAUUGUCCCGUUCUUUGACUUCAAGCUUUAACAUACCCUGUUCAACAAUUUCCUUUAAAGUCAUAUGACUGAAAAAGCGUGGGGCGCCCAUAAAAUACAAGGAUGUCAUAUGACUUUUUCUAAUUCAUGGACUCCCUACUCUUUUUUGAGUCAUGUAAUGUCUUCUAUUGUUUAUGUUGACCACUCUUCUUCUUUCAGUACUUAUGUUGACCACUCUUCUUCUUUCAGUACUUAUGUUGACCACUCUUCUUCUUUCAGUACUUAUUAUUUAUAACCGUAUAUAUUAUAUGUAUCUUGCUUUGCAGCGGUGACUGAUAAUUAUUACGAUAAUUAUAUUGAAACAUGAGGAAGGAUGGAUUGCAACACUAUAUUAUAUUUAUUCACAGAAAUCACAAUAUGAAAUAAAUCUCCAGUUUGGACCAAACAUAAUUGUCAUGACUUUCUACACUUCAAUUAUUCCUUAAUACACUCACAAUGACAUAUUUAUUUGGAAGCGCAACCUAUUCAUAAUCCUAAUGAACCGUUUGAAUAUCUUCCUUCCUGUCCUUCUCAAAAAACACUUCCUCUCUUUCUUCUGUGCAUGACAUUUCAAUAUCAAUCAUUAUGUUAAUACUAAAUAACCAAACAAUUUAUUAUUGUUAUAAUUGAGCUGCUACAAGUCACAUGACAGUAACAACACUUAAGUUAUGGGAGACAUUUAUUUUAUAUUUUUUAGUAAAUUUUCUGAAAAAUGUGUUUUAAAGAAAUUAUUUUUCUAUAUUGUUUUAUUGUCAUUAUCAUGACUGAUUACAAGUUUUAUUAUAUCCAAAUUGAAUAAGAAAGUAAUUUCCUUUUUUUCCUACAUAAGGGAUACACAACUUUUUGUAAAAAAAGAUCUGAACACAACCGAUAUUUUGAACAACUACAUUGAUUUUUCAAUUGUCUAUUGGUUUGAAUUGUUUUUUUAAAAAAAAUAUUGAGACAACAUCAGACUGCACUAUUUAAUAAAACUAAGAUUUAUUUCAAUGAGAACCAUUCAACAUAACAUCUUAAAUGUUUUUGCAGGCGUCCCUCUUUGAUGAUAAGCCUAAGAUGACUCCCAGAGUCCAAUAUUGUAUUGUCCCAGCAUUACCUAAAGGUGUUUUGGUGGAGUGGCAAAUGUAUGCCUGGCCUGAAUUUGGUGAACUUGAAGUUUCUGGUGAGGAUAAGAGAAGAAAUUUGCCUAAAUUUACUGGAAAACUAUUACAACUUACCAUAUUACGUUUGCCCCACCAAAAAAUGGAUUAGAGACAGUUCUUUUUCAGUUUUAACUUAGAGCUUUGUCAUAUUUGCCACUUUUUAUUUACUACUAGCCAAUAUACCCGUCGUUGCACGGGAUUGCCUUAGGUUCCCGAUCCUUGUGGGACCCCCAUCCCAUUCUGACGCCGAUCCCGGUGCAAUCCUGUUUCCAGGUGUGGUCCCGAUCCCAGUGGAAUUCCAUUUUCAUUUGGCUCCGGAUCCAGGGGGAGUCCAGAUCCCGGUGGGAUCCCGAUCCCAUCAGUAUCUCAAUUCCGGUGGGAUUCUGAUCUUGGUGCAUCCCGAUGGGCUACUGAUCUUGUUAGGAUACCGUUCUCUAUGGGAUUCCUUUUCACCUAGGGACCCUCUUUUCCAAUUUCAUCCAGUUUCCCAAUAAGAUCCCGGUUUGAUCGCGUUACCUGAUGGGAUCGCGUAACAGAUGGGUUCCAGCUGUUUGAUCUCAUUCCCCAUUAGGAUCCUUUUCCUCUAUGGGAUCAUGCUCAGUGCGAUUUUGUUCAAUAAGCUUUAAAAUCUCAUUAUAUAUCCCUGUAGAACAAUAAAGAACCUUCUGGAAAAUUCUAGAUUAAAAUUAAUAUCCUCCUAAAAUUAAUAUCCUCCAUGAAACGUGUAAAAAAUUACUUUUCUACGUAAUUUUUUCUCGAAUGCGAAAUAUUAUACAACUUAAUUAAACUACUAUAACUAUAGUACAUUUAAAAUGAAAUGGGGGCCCCGGGGGGUCCCAUUUAAUAAAUUACUGUCUGAGAUGGGGUGGGGGGCCCUAUAACGAUCAUUCAGAAAAAUUAUAAAGUUAAAAUUUUAAAUUUGUCCCAUUAAAAUUGGAUUAAAAAUACCAUAGUUAUAUAGCUUUUUAAAAUUAUGGAACUUUCUAGGAAAUUCUAGAUCUGCCCUGCAUGGAUUGGAUAUUAUUAUUUUUAUAUCCACCGAUAUUUCAAUAGGGAAAAUGGAGUGUAUUUCUACCACGCUAGGCUUAUAUCCAACAAUUCACAUAGAAACUAUAGUAUUGUCUAAGCGUAUUUAUAUUUAUAUAGCUUAAAUAAGGUAAAAUUAAAUGGGACCCCCAGCCCCAGGGGGUGGAUUUUAUGAGCUCAGUAACCUUCGUUAUUUGAAUAUGGAUAAUAAAGUAUAUGUAUACUAAGUUUGGUCAAGAUCCAUCUACUCAUGUAGGAGUAUUUGUUGUUAAUGCUAUUUAUAUAGCUCAUAUAAGGAAAAAAACGAAUCCGGGGCCCCCGUCCCCUAACGGAAUGUUAUAAAAAGUUCAUAACCCCUUAAGAGAGUUCCUUCUGGAUAACGAUGGAUAUAUGUGCCAAGUUUGUUCAAGAUUCAUCAAUCCAUGUAAAAGCCUUUGUGGAACAAACACCGCCCGCACCAACAAACUUUCACUUUUAUACAUACAUAUAUAUAUAUAUAUAUAUAUAUAUAUAUAUAUAUAUAUAUAUAUAUAUAUAUAUAUAUAUAUAUAUGUAUAUAUAUAUAUAUGAUAUGAUUUAGUUAAGGUUUUAAAAUUUGUUGUCUUUAUGCUCCCUUUUAUUAAAAAAAUUUUGUUUAGUUCUAAUUUACAGAAUUUUAAUUCUCUUUUUCUUCUCGCUGAAAUCAGAAAUUAGCCUUUGUAAACAAUUUGAAAGCUAUACCAUAAACACUAGUGCAACUUACUGCAAAGAAAAUCCAGAGUUGUUUUCUUGUCAUAUCACAAUUGGUAAGUUUGUAUUUAUUGUAAAAUGUUUGGUUUUUUUGCUGAUGUUAGGGUGAAGUUCUUUCAAUGAAUAUGUAUUAGUGUAACAUGGUUAUCAUCACCUAACCAGACACCAAUAUACAAAUAAUUAAAUAACAGUCUGGGUAAAAAUGAAUGUCAAAUUUGUAUUUCCCAUAAGUGUAAAAUUGUAUUAUUUCGUCAAAGUCCUUUUUCUAACACAUUUCUUGCCUAUAUUUUCAACAAAAUAUAUGCCAUAUAUCAUACUGUAUAAAUACUUGAUUGAGAUAGACAUUUUUUAUCCAUAUUAAAAGAACUUGUCCACUUUUUUUAUAUAAAUCUAAAAAUCUAAGAAUGUUGCUAAAUUCCUGACGACAGAUUUAGGCUCAUUGAAAGAUUACAAGCACAUUGACACCAUGCUCAUGGUGAAAGAACUUCUAGAAGAGUAUUAUAAAGUGCUGGAGAAGGGGUGCAUCAUUGCUAUGACGCCGCUCAUUAAGAUCUUCUUUUCACCAACUGUGUUCAACUAUGGUAUCCUGCAUAGAUGUGAGUCCGAUAUCUGGUCUUGUAUUGGUAUCCUGCAUAGAUGUGUCUGAUAUCUGGUCUUGUAUUGGUAUCCUGUAUAGAUGUGUCAGAUAUCUGGUCUUGUAUUGGUAUCCUGCAUAGAUGUGAGCCUUGAUAUCUGGUCGUGUAUUGGUGUCCUGCAUAGAUGUGAUACUGAUAUAUAUAUAUAUAUAUAUAUAGCAGCAUGAUUAAAAACAAUAGUCAUUGGAAAUGAAAUAAUUCUCUUUUUGUUUCUACAGGCUUUGCACUAGGAAUUGAGGCAUUAGGUGGUUUCUGCAAACUAAACCCUCCAGUCGUUUCAUUGGUUCCAGUUGAUGGACUUCGCACAAGGCAGCAGGUCCUUGCAUGGUGUCAAUAA